AAUAAAUAUUAUUAGAAUUUUAUAAAAACUUUUCGACUUUCAUCAUUCAAAAUUUUGGGCAGAUUUUUUGAACUUUAAAACAUGCUUAUUAAUGGCUUAACUAAAUUUGCAAUGAAAGUUGCAACAGGACAGUCACUCAGAUCUCCAUUGGUUCGUAACAUUGCAAAAGCAGCUGCAAAACGAGAAAUCUUUGAGGUGGAGACUAUGGAAGAUUUUAACAAAGAAGUUAUUAAAAGCGAUAAACCAGUCAUAGUGGAUUUUUUUGCUAACUGGUGUGUUCCAUGCAAGAAACUAACCCCUUGUGUCGAAAGCAUUGUCAGGGAAAAAGCUGGUAAGGUAAAGUUAGCAAAAGUGGACAUUGAUGAACUUUGUGAAUUGGCCUUGGAUUACGAUGUUGCUUCUGUGCCAGUGCUAAUGGUUGUGAAGAAUGGCAAAGUGGUUAAACGUAUGGUGGGACUACAAGAUAGAGAAAUCUUACGCAAGUGGGUUAACCAAGCUAUGUCGGAAUCAGAAUAGAUACAUUACUAUUCCGAGGCGGAUUCCUGAAGACUACAUUUAAUAGUUCUAAAAACUUUGCUGCCAUUUUAAAAAAUCAUCACAUCUGAAUUUCUGGCAUUUCCUCGACAAGGAUGUCUGAAUAAUAAUAUUAGCAGCAUGACAUUCUUUGUUUGAUUUGUUACGAUUAAGUGGGUUGCAGCAUUAAAACCUGCCUGGUGGUAUCGCACCAAAUUCUUUUGUAACUGCUUUGCAUUUACUUAUAUGCGAACAAUACCGUGCAGCCGUAUCCUGACAUCAUUUCGGUCCUACUAACAACUGAAUGUAACGUCAAAUAGUCUUAUAAAUGCAUUUUCGUCAUCAAUAUGGACAAAACAACAGUUCCCUAGUUACAGAAACUGCUUCGAAUAUCUUUGAAGCUUUUUAUAAAGAUGCGUUUCAUUUGCUGUAGGAAUGCCAGCCUUAACGUAUUCUUCAGUGUUUUUUGUGGCAGCAAAUGUAAACAGUUUUUAUAAUCAUCGAGAAGUAAGCUCGUAUCUUUAUCUGCUAAAGUCAUCGCGUUCAUCAAGAUGGACUAUAAAUAAUUUAAGUUGGACCACAUUGCUAUAAAAAUACUUAACAUCUGGUGUUAUAUACAUCAUGGAAGCAUGAAAUCAAUUAAUCUGCCCCGCAAAUAAAUUUUUUUAAAAGUU